AAUGACGUAAAUUUCGCAGACUUCAUUUCAGUGGUCUCGGGUGCCUUCUAGAUCUCAAAACACUCUGCUCUAAUGUUAGUAUUAUCAGUAUAGUUUUAGUGUUCGGCCGCGCAUUAUUUUGUUAACAUCGAUCGGAGGCUUAAAAUCAGAAGUUCAUCAUGUUCCUUGUAAAUUGGUUUACGGAUGUGCUCGCUAUGUUGGGCUUAUGGAAGAAGAGCGGGAAGCUUGUGUUUCUUGGGUUAGACAACGCCGGCAAGACGACGUUACUACACAUGCUGAAGGAUGGCAGGAUGGCACAACAUGUUCCAACGUUACAUCCUACAUCAGAAUCAUUAAGCAUGGGGUCGUUAUCUUUCACAACCUUUGACCUGGGUGGCCACGAGCAGGCGCGGCGAGUGUGGAAGGACUACCUGCCUGCGAUCAACGGCAUUGUGUUCCUCAUAGAUGCCGCCGACCCCACCAGAUUUGCUGAGUCAAAGGCAGAACUUGACGGUCUGUUAACAGACGAGUCUGUGGCCAACGCCCCAGUACUGAUCCUGGGCAACAAGAUUGACAUCCCCACAGCUUGCAGUGAAGAUCACAUUAGAGAUUGUUUCGGCCUCAUUCAGCAAACGACAGGAAAGGGAAACAUACCUCUAAAAGACUUGCCGGGUCGCCCCGUUGAGUUAUUCAUGUGCAGUGUCCUCAAGCAACAAGGCUACGGCGAAGGCUUCAAAUGGCUGGCACAGUACAUAUAGUACCUCCAUCUGAUCUAGGAUAACUCAUAGGAUUUUUGUAAGUUAAGAAAAAAAACCAAAACGAAUGAACUUGUUAUAUGCGAUUGAACUUCCAAAACGACAACAAGUGGAGACUGCUCCCUAAGGGGAAAAAAGGAACGGUCGUCUGCCUGAGCCUUGAAGCUCAAACAUGAGACCAAGCGACUUGAGGGAAGUGGGUGCCGUUUGUGUCGUCUGGUCAAACGGUUCAGCGUUUUUUUGCAAAGACUGAAUGACUAUAUUUUAAAGAUGCAUCGAGGAGAGUGGGAUAAAAAAAAGAAAGCAUUACAAAUUCUUCACUGGUAAUUUGGGCUGAUGAAUACGCUCUAUGGACAUUUAUGUACCCAUCGAAAAAAAAAAAGCAAUGCCUGAUUUUGACUGCAAGUGCCGUGCUUCAUGGGAGGUCAACCCGGGAGACAAUGCUUUGAGCUGGAUGUGUUGCUGCCAUUGUAACACUGGAAACGUAGCACUACAGCCACGCGUCCGGUAGACCUGCUUCAUCUUGCGGACCUGCUGCAUCCUGCAGACCUGCUUCAUCCUGCAGAUUUGGAUCAUCCUGCAGACCUUCAUUCCAUUCGCUCGAUUCACUCUGCAGACCCAUUUCAUUCUGAAGAACUGCAUCGUUGUGCACAUUUGUUUCACUGGUGUAAUUUGCAUCUCAACCUCGCAUCCUGGGAGUAACAGGUGUUAUUUCAUCUGACCCUCACAUGGAUGCGUCCGAGGAUAGUGCUUCCUAGGAUUUUUGGGGGGUUUACGGAGGGGAUGGGGUUUGGUUAAUGAGAUAUGACCUUUCUUUUUUUUUUACCCGCAAUGGUAGCUGCCGCGAUUGAUCUACUAAAAGUCAUGCGUGUGAUUUGCACCUGAGAGAAGAGACCAUUUCCAGUACAUUAAUAUUUGCACUUUGCUGAGUAUACAAGAGUAUUGCUUAGUAAGCCAGAAAGCAGGUUCAGUACUUUUGAUUUCCAUGUAUAUGCAAAUUGGCCAAGUGAUUUUUGCCUGUUCAGUAGAUUUAUCUAAGUUCGCCCAGCUGAAGGUGGCAUUUCAUGGGGGUCAGUCUGUCAUUUGGGAAUUCAGCAUAGCUGUCUUUGAAAAGAAUUUACCGCCAGUGGCUUCGAUCUGAGCUUGAAUUGCAUUGUAGGUCAACAUUCCGAUCUCAAGGCUGUUGCUAUUUUAACUUCCCCCAAAUGAAGGGUUUUCAGGAAGGAGCAUCCCCCUAAUGAAGGGGUUUUAGGAAGGAGCAUCCCCCAAAUGAAGGGUUUUUAGGAAGGAGCAUCCCCCAAAUGAAGGGUUUUUAGGAAGGAGCAUCCUGCUGAACCGUUCUACUGCUCCCACUUAAAGACAUUUGUUCACGGUUACAGAUGGUCUCACUUUUUAAAACUGUCUUGUUCGAAUGCUUGCAUAUAAUUGGUCCUUGAGGGUAUUCAGGAAAGGGGACUUUUUAUUAAAAAAUCCAAGGUGUUAGUGUACACUUUGCUUAACCCUAACAGUCCUUCACCUUUUGGAGGAUUGAGGACUGUUAGGGUUAAGAAGCGUCAGUUUCAAGAAAAAAAUGGUACAAUAAACAUGCACCUGUUCCAUAGGUUUUGAAAUGGGUUGAUGUUAUUGUUGCUUUUUUAGUGAAACACAGUGAAAAAGCAACAGAAAGUUGGCGAGGUGGUUUGUAGGAAAUGAGACUAGUUUUGCAGAGAUAAAAUUAAUUUGCCACACAUAAUGCAGUACCCGAAUGAUUUUUGCAACUCCUGUACGUCUGAAAAUUGAGGAAUGAGAGACAAAUUGAUAAUUCUCCGUCACUGCGAUACUUUGAUUCAUCAGCAAGGAUCAGUAAAGUCUUUUAUGUAUUUGUUCGUAAUGUAUGCAAAAAGUCCUCUGUGUAUUUAUUUUUAUGUUGAUGGCAUAACGUUAUGCAGGCUUGUGAACUUUAGCCAAAAAAAAAAACACUCUGAUCGUCAUGUACAUUUUAAAUGUUUUAAGUUGGUUGUCAGUUGUCCGAUAAUAUUUCGGCCCUUUGUUCCGCUGUUGGAUGUGGGUGCUUUCAUGUACUAGACUGAUAUUGUUAUACACCUGCGUUGUACAGAGCAACAGUAAAUUCCAGAUUUAGGCUUAGCAAUGAUAAGAAUGGAUCAAAGUGCAACUUUUUCAAAGUCUGUUCUGCAGACCGUACUUCUUUCAGAGCUAGUUAAGCUAACACCAGGUAUUGAAAAGCAGUAAAAUUGCAGCCUCAUUCAAAAACGGAGUAUUUUCAUCAUUGGACCGCCUGUUUUUGUCAAAAUAAAGAAAUGCUAUACUGGUAAUCCACUAGACCGCAUGUGUAUGUCUGACAUUAUUGCUUGUAAAUCAUCAAAUCAUCAAUCAGAUCAUUUCCUCAAGGAAGCUCGUUUUGAUACUGUCAUGCACACUUUGUAUAGCUUGUUAGCAGGUGAAUCAGGUCUAAUAAUCAGUAACAUUUCAUUAUUAAAUGACUGCCAAUCGCCAAACUCUCAUUUUAACACACUGUUCCUGGCAUGUAUCUGUUACAGUUUGAGUGUGCUGUCAUAAUGUAGAUGUUGCAUCUGUGAAGAAAAACCAGAAAAACAAAGACACGGGCAUACCUGUAAAUUCAAGCAUUGCUAGCCUGCAAGGUGUGAACAUGCAUCAUGUGGUUCAAGCAGAAUCAUGUAAAUUCAUUUCAGUUAACAAUUAUGCAAAUUUAUUGGGCAAAGUGGGCAUUCAGACGUUACGUGUAUGGAAUGUUUUCAGUAUUGUGAAAUUCUGCUUGUGUGAAGCUUUGUGCUGUUUAAAUGCAUGUACAUGUAGUUGAAUCUGUACAAAUCUGCCAUGAGUCAAACUUUGGCUCUUAAAUGUUUGUUCACAUCGCAUGAACCGCUGUACUUGUAGAUAUGGUUUGAACUGUUACCAGAAAGACUUUGUGAUUUUCAUUUUUGCAUAAAAACCAGUGAGGGUGGUUUGCAGAUCAACAUUGAGGAUGGUGAUAGACUGGCUCCUUGCCCUGGUGUUAUUUCAAAUAAUGGAACAAAAUUUUUGGAAUCGACAUUUGAUGAGAUAAGCCCUGAAAACCAUAGGGGUGCCCUACGUUUCCAACAAUAUGCCAUAUCUUUUCAAUUAAAUUAAAGAGAGUAGUGAAAGGGCAUCAGCCAGGGUACAUGUAUGAUUACACAGUUAUCUGGUCUCAAUAUGCAGAUUUUUUUCCAACCUUGGCCGUGCUCAUUAGAUCAGCAACCUGAUCAUCCGUGCUGGGGUUCAUACUUGGACUUAAAGUGUUUCCUAGCCCAGUUGAUGUAAUGUUUUGUCCUACUGACGGAUGUGUUCUCAAGUACUGUUGACAAUCUCCACCUGUACUGAGCUUCAUACUUUUCGUUUGACAAGUCAUGAAUGUUUUAUUUUAAUUUUUAUGUUUAUUUUCUUGAUAUUGUAUGCCAUGUAUGUUUUUCCAAAUGAUUGUUUUUAUGAGUAAAUUUAUUGCAUGCUGACACAAUUACUUUAAAAUAUCUAAUUGCCUUGAAUUUAGUAUGUAAUCCUUUUGUCCUUAGUGUGUAGAUGUAGAAUGUAAUAAUUUUGUUGGUAUAAAAGUCUCCAUUGAUGUUGUGACAGUGAACAGUCAGAGGCAAUUUGUAAGGGCACAUCCACCUAUAUUGGAAACUUGGUGAAUUUUUUGACUGUCCAUGAUCUGCUUCAUGUUGAGGUUGAUCCCGCCUCAUUUCCUUGUCAGCUUCUCCCAGUGAGGUUUUGGAUCUAACCCCAUCGCUCAUCCAACCAUUCAUGCAGUAGAUGCAUUCUUGGUAGUUUAUGUCAGUGCUAUUUUAGUGACAGCUCUUUGCUAUAAAUAACUUUAUGCAGGAAUAGUGGGCAGAGUCAGAGGUCCAAAAACAAGCCAGUAGGAGUGGUCAGUGUUAUCGUCUGCAUACAAAUUUCUGUAUAUAUUGAGAUGCCCAAGCAAUCUAUCAAAAUGGAGAACAGACCGUGCUCUUUUAAUAGUUGCGGGGGAAAAAAAUUAUGACUCAUUUUGUGGGAUCAUAUUGCAUAUGUGCUGCUUUAUUCUACGUUUUUUAGGGAAAAAAACUGUUUUGUGAUCAGACUCGGAUAAAAAAGUGCACUCGAUGUAAUGGCCAUUUUAUACACUACAUUAGGAGCAAGGGAAGUUGCAGAAUUUUUAAAGGUCUAGUAAAAUGUUUUUGUUUUGGUUGUUGCUGUUUUCUUUUCUUAAAAAUAUGUAUGUAUGUAAAUUAACAAAGAACGGCAGAUUUGCCGAUUGGAAUUGGAACAAUAAAAUGUCAGUAAUAUUGCAGCCUUG